AUGGCACAACAAGUUGCAACCCACGGGCCAAGGUCGGCAAAAUGGCCUUUUGCACAUAUGGCACGAGAAACAUGGUCAAAGUUUCAGAAAGUUCGAGUUUCGCGUGUAGAUGAAAAGAAACAUUGGGUUCAUCCAAAAGAUAGAAUACAGUUUUGGAAGAUAUUGGAAGGUGAUACGGUAAAAAUUAUAUCCGGAAAAGCAAAAGGACAAGUAGGAAAAGUGCUGGAGAUUGAUAAAUGGACAAAUAAAGUAAUAGUGGAGAAAUGUAAUAUCGGACUAAAAACACCCAAAGACUUUAAUCCUAGUCCUAAACCUCCACCACCGCCAGAUCGACGCGUCGGUCCUUGGUGGAUGGUGGAAUUCGAACGACCAAUUCAUGUGUCUAAUGUUCAACUUGUGCAUCCAAAUGAUCUCAAUUUACCCAAUCCUAAGCAGAUGCGAGUUGUUAAAUGUAGAUGGAAACGCAUAGAAAUUACCAAUGAUCCUAAAAAGAAAGAUAGAUUUCGAUGGCGUCGAUUUGUGUCCGGGAUACCUGGUGACAAGCACAUCCAAAUAGAGCUUCCUAAGCGCGAGAAAAAAGAUCCGGAGGCUGACCAAGAAGAUACGCGAUGGGACACCCCUGUAAAAGUUGUACGUGAAUUCACAUUCGCACCCACUUAUCUUCAUCCACUACCAAGAGGAGUUAUCGAUGAACUUCGAAAUAAAAGAAAAUGGUGGAGAUAUUUACAUAGGCCGUUUGUAUAG